AUGGCUGAUGAGUUUUUAGUAAUGCUAUACGAGUAUUCUCCCCUCUUUUCGAUCAGUGUUAUAGCCCUGUGUUUCAUCAUUACGGUCACUGUCGUCCUAGGCUGGUUUGGAUUUGAUGUUCCGGUCAUUCUGCGCAGUUCUGACGACACGGAGUCAGUCAGUGCAGUGCCGGAGAAGAGAAUGGUCCAAGUCACCAAUCCGUUUGCCCUGGAGUUGGGAGCCACCGCUGGCACCGUCACCGAGGGCGCAGCACUGCGGCCGUGUUGUCUGGAGGACUGCAUUCUCAGCUGUUUCUGGGGCUGCAACAUCCAGGCCCUACAGGCUGCUCUUCAGAGCCACCAGCAUGGGCCAAGACUCAGCACUCCGCAGCUCUUCCAGCAGGCCCUGUACUCCCAGUAUUACCACUGUCAGAGCUUCAACGUUAAUAAGGAGGACAAAGCAGAGUGCCUCACGCGCAUGCCAGCUGAUUUGGGGUUGUCAGAUUUUGGGUUGUUGCCCAGAGAACGUUACCCUCUGGUGGCCGUGUUAACCUUGGCUGAUGCAGAGGCCAGAGGCACAUACAACAUCGUAGCCAAUGUCACAGUAAUCCACAUCCCCGAUGACAAAUACCGACUGUCGGCACGGAUUCUGUUUCAGUACCUGCUCACGGCACACGGGAGCAUGUAUGAGCUGAAGCCGCUCUUCAUGUCAGCCGACAGUGGGGGCGUGUCCGAUGGCUCAGACCCCGCCCUCAGGACAGAGGGUGUAGAGCCCCAAACUAAGGGGCCUGGUGAAGGGGAGGAGUCAGAAGGAGACUGGCCAGAUUCACAAGGGAAGGACUGCGUAGUGUGUCAGAACGCGCCCGUGAAUCGGGUGCUGUUGCCAUGCCGACACGCGUGCGUGUGCGAUGGCUGUGUGGCACGGUUUCAGCACUGUCCCAUGUGCCGCGCUUUUGUUAUCGAAUCGUUCACUUUGUGCGAUCAGCUGCCUUCUCAGAGAGGCGAGGAAGAGGAGGGUGAUGAAGAAUUUGAGGACUGAACAGGCCAGGCGGUUAUGCAAGAUGUGUACGAAGGACACGACUGUGAUCUUUGGAAUUCUGAAAGGUGCGACUUGCACCCUCCGGGAU